GAAGCGGCGGGCUGCGUCAACCUGUGGCGGGCCGGGCGUUUCUGGAUCCUGAAGUUUUUAGUCGUGGUGGAGGCAGCGGUCGGGGCACGGCAAGAUGUCAUUUGUCAGAGUGAACCGUUACGGUCCCCGGGGAGGAGGAAGGAAAACCCUGAAAGUAAAGAAGAAGAAAACGCCAGUGAAGCAAGAAUGGGAUAACACUGUGAAUGAUCUAACAGUUCAUCGGGCAACUCCUGAAGACCUGGUACGUCGCCAUGAAAUACACAAAUCGAAGAAUAGAGCAUUAGUACACUGGGAACUCCAAGAAAAAGCCUUGAAGAGAAAAUGGAAGAAACAGAAACCAGAAAUUUCUGAUCUUGAGAAAAGGAGAUUAUCUCUCAUGAAGGAGAUUCUUUCUGAUCAAUACCAGAUGCAGGAUGUAUUGGAAAAAUCUGAUCAUUUGAUGGCUGCAGCAAAAGACCUGUUUGUUGAUUUUCCUCGUAGGCGCACAGCGUUUCCUAAUGUAACAGUGGCUCCCAAUUCCUCUCAAGGUCCCAUUGUGGUAAAUCAGGACCCUGUCACCCAGGCCAUCCUUAGUGAAUCUGCUCUGGAGCCUCAGGCUCUUAAUGAAGUGGAUAAUGAUGAAGAAGAAGGAACUGUUAACAGCCAGUCAGAAGAAAGCGAGAAUGAGUUGGAUAACUCUGUCGACUCUCAGUCUAACAUGAAUACAGACAGGUUUCUCCACCAACUAAAGGAAGAUAAUUCUGAGUUAAUUAAUAAACUGUGGGCUGAUAUUCAGCAGAAAAUAACAACACAGUCACAAAUAACAACCCCUCCAGGAACCCCAUCAUCUGCCCCUCCACUAGGGGAACAAAAAGCCGCUCUGAAUGCUACCAAUGCUGUCAAGAGAAUCCACACCAGGCUUCAGCCUGAAGAAGCAGCUGAGACUCUAGACUCGAGCUGUGCUGCGGGACAAGUGCUGAACCCAAGGAAGCAAAAGCAGCUGUUUAAUAAAGUGAAAAGAAAACCAGAUUUGCAUGCUCCUUCCAAGCAGAAGAAAAACACGUCAUCAGCCAGCACAGCCUCCGCAGACCUAGCCAGUAGCGGUAACCCCAGCCUGGAAGUCCUCAAGCACAUGAUCCAUGAAGUGGAGCACGAGGUGGAAGAAUACGAGCGGUGGACAGGCCGCGAGGUCAAGGGGCCGCGGAGCAGUCAGGGCCUCACAGGCUUUACUCUGUCGCUGGUGAGCUCCCUCUGUCGCCUGGUUCGGUACCUUAAAGAGAGUGAGCUCCAACUGCGUAAAGAAGUAGAGACGAGGCAGCAACUGGAACAAGUGUUAGGUGAUCAUCGAGAGCUCAUCGAUGCUCUGACAGCUGAAAUUCUUCUUCUUAGAGAAGAAAAUACUGCUACCCAGGCGAGACUUCAGCAGUACAUGGUCACAACAGAUGAGCAGCUUAUAUCACUUUCACAUGCCAUUAAGAACUGUCCUGUAAUAAAUUUCAACAAAGAGAGUCAGGCAUCAGAAAAGGGAGCCACGAGUAGAAGAAUUAUAGACAGUCCAGAGGGUCCAACUGUAAAUGCUAAUGUCUCCGUGCCAUUGACGUUCAGAGGGGAAGAAGUGGUUGAAUUCCCACAGGAAGACUUGCCGGUUAAACUGCCUCAGGUGCCAGACCUGCCAGAUAGUGUGAAUUUGGCCAACAAUUUUCCAGCACAUAUAUUUGAGCCAGCUGUGUUGUUAACACCACCCAGGCAGAAGAGCAACUCAGAAUUCUCUCCUCUGCAGGAUGUAUUGAGGAGGACUGUUCAAACUCGUCCUGCUCCACGAAUUCCUCCCACUGUGGAAAUAAUUGAGAAGGAACAAAAUUGGGAAAAGAAGACCUUACCUACUGGCACAGACAUUCAGAAUUCAAGUGAUGAGAGUCGUCUCUUCACCCAGAGGUGGAGGGUCUCUCACAUGGGAGAAGAUUUGGAGAACAAAACCCAGGAUCCUUUUGUUAACCUCUCCCAACCCCUCUGCAGUUCCCAUCCAAACGCUCAGCAUUCAAGAAACCCCACAUUCUUGGACGAGCCCCCCAUACUGGGAGAUGGGCAACAGCUUAGAACAAAGGAGGCAUUAAUACAAAGAAAGGACAUCAUGGCACGAAUUGCUGAGCUGACACUGCAGAAUUCAGCUAUCAAGGCGCAUCUGAAUAAUAUCAUUGGGCCAGGGGGAGAGCAAGGGGAUGGACUUCGGGAAUUAAACAAACAGGAGACGAGUCAUGCAGGCGACAUGACUGCCACUUUCCCAGCAGCGCAACCUCUAACACCGAGCAGCAUGGAGGAGCGGAUUGCGGAACUGACUCGGCAGAGUAUGGAGGCUCGUGCGAAACUCCUGCAGUUAAUAGAGCAGCAGAAGCUUGUGGGUUGGAAUCCGUCCUCCCCCCCAGUAUCACCUGUUCAGUCACCUCUCGGAGCAUGGACUGAAGGAGGAAAGAGGACAAUCGAGGUGUCUAUUCCAGGAGCAGAAGCCCCAGAAAGCUCAAAAUGCAGUACUCUCUCUCCCACCAGUGGGAUAAAUACAAGAAGAUCUUCAGGAGCUACUAGUAAUUCUUGUUCUCCGUUAAACGCCACCUCAGGAAGUGGACAAUUCACACCUCUUAAUCCAAGAGCAAAGAUUGAGAAACAAAAUGAAGAGGGCUGGUUUGCCCUGUCUACCCAUGUGUCCUGAGUGAAGUCGAGUUUUACCGAGUUUGUUCUCAGUAAUAUAUUCUUGAGCUUCUAGUCCCUUUUCCCUGCUCCUGCUUUCAAGUUUUUAUGUCCUUCUUUUAGAUAAAACCUACAAAGAUCUUGUGACUUAGUACUAAUGGAAAAAAGAAAUAAAGCAAUUAUUUU